GGUAUAUUGGAGUUCAGCUUGCUCGAGUCGUUGCUAUCUACCUCGGCGUCUGCAAAAAAUUGGUGCGUGUGAAUAUUGAGAGUCACUUGGUGGUAGCAGCAGUACCCGUUUGUACUAGAAAACUCGUAGAAUGCUCCCGAUCUUCUAAGUUCUAGAAUAGGUGUUAAGUGUGUUGCUGAUUAAUCUUCAUCUUUAUUGAUGUCUAUAUUGUAAAGAUUAAAAAUGUACAAGGGAGCAAAUUUUUGCUUUUUACGACUGAUACUUUUGGACGUAAUACUCGUUACUAAUGCUGUACAUUUUGAAGACUUUGCUUCUCAACAGACGGUUUUGUUUGCUGAGAGGACUGGGGAGCCAAUAGGGAUUCUGACCACGGCAAAUGGAGCUCCCGUAGAAUUUAAGGACGCCAACGUAUCACUCAAUCGUAGAGUCAUUUUCAACGAGUACUUGAUAGAGACUAUAACGCAUCUCAACCGUCGGAAAAUUGUGGAGCGUACAGUGCACGCCAAGGGUGCUGGUGCUUUUGGAACUUUUGAGGUCACCCACGACAUAACAAAUAUCUGCAAGGCGAAAUUCCUAAAUAAAAUCGGUAAAAUAACCCCGGUUGCCGUUAGAUUUUCUUUAGUAGUUCCCAACUUGGGGGCUCCGGAUACGUUCAGAGACGGGCGUGGCUUCGCUGUCAAGUUCUACACGGAAGACGGCAACUUCGAUCUGGUGGGCCUGAGCAUCCCUGUAUUUCCCUACAAAGACCCUCUCUUCUUCCCAACAUUCGCAAACGCUCAAGGCAAGAAUCCUUCUACAAAUUUGUUCGACGCGAACAUGCUGUGGGAUUACAUAACUUUACGACCAGAAUCAAUACACUUCUUCAUGUACAAAUUUGGAGACAGUGGCAUACCAAACGGUUACAGACAUAUGCCAGGGUUUAGCAUCCAUACGUACCAAGUAAUCAACAAACAAGGUGAAUCCCAUUUCCUUAGAUUCCAUAUAUUACCUGAUCAAGGAGAGCGUUUCUUGACUUCUAAAGAAGGUAUGAAGAUAAGCGGAAUUGAUCCAGACGCCUUUAUAAAAGACUUGUAUAAUGCUAUUGGAAAUGGAGACUAUCCUAGCUGGCAAGUUCUAGUUCAGGUGUUGAGUUUAGAGCAGGUUACACAUGCUGAUUUUGACGUCUUUGACGUGACAAAGGCGCUGCCUUUAGACAAAUAUCCGCUGCAACCCUUGGGCCGUCUGGUACUUGACAAAAACCCUGUAAAUUUCUUUGCGGAAUUCGAACAAAUAGCUAUGUGUCCCAAUCAUCUAGUCCCAGGUAUUCUUGGCGCUCCGGAUAAAUUAUUUGAAGCGCGUCGGUUGUCAUAUCGCGAUGCUCAAUAUUAUAGGCUGGGAGCGAAUUUCCAGAACAUAGCCGUUAAUUGUCCUUUGAGACAACCUUUUACUUACAACAAUGAUGGUCGUGCGCCACAGAAAAUAACUGAUAGACCAACUUACUGGCCCAACACAUACAAUGGUCCUGUACCUUACGUGGAUCCCAAAACACCUGAAGUUGCUCAAAUAGUGCAAGAUACGUCCUUAAAUUUCGACCAGGCGUCACACCUUUACCAAUACGAGAUGACUGAAGACGCAAGGAAACGUUUGGUCAGUAACAUUGUUUAUAGCCUUGCACCUGCUGAACCUAGGAUUCAAGAUCGAGCUAUCAAGUGGUUUAAGAUCAUAAAUACAGAUUUUGGGAGUCGAGUGGAGCGAGGUUUAGCGAAGGAGAAUAUUAAAAAUAAUAAUUAAAAAUUGUAACUAUUUACAGUGUGUAAAACCAAUACGGACGAUAAAUUAAACCAGAUUUAGAUUUUAUCCGUGUAAUCAUUCGUCAAGAAGUUUUUAAAGUUACAUUUAAUUAUGACUCCGUAAUUAAUAUUUGAAAAUUUACCGAACAGCAAUCUACUUUAAACAUACGAGACAUAACAUGAUAUGACUUUACGAGAUGCGAGCUUUAUAUACUGCCAACAAGCGUUGACAGUUACUUUAACAAGCUAGUAUAUCAUUGGUUGCUUUACAUU